AUGGAUAACUACGUGGUAGACGAGCCAGGUGUACCGUGCGGACCUCUGUUCCUGACGGAGGUCUGUGACACCGCCAUCCGCCUGACAUGGCGACCUCCUGACGCAGGCGGUGGAGGAGGCCUGGUUUGCUAUGGGGUUGAGGCCAGACUCAUCGACAAGGUUGAUAUAAAAAAGACGCGCGUGACGGUUGACGCGCGCACGACGACGCUGCUGCUGACGGGCCUGGUCGCGGGUGCGGUCUACAGCUUCCGCGUGCGGGCCGCGACCAAGACGGGCCCGGGGCCUGCCCUCGUCAGCCACACCCCAGUCAGGAUGUCCUCACGUAGAGGUAAACUGCAGGCGCAUCGUCUGUGCUAUGCGUUGAGGUGCAGUUUCUUCUUCAGUGUAUGUUCGAGUGCCGCCUUGCGAGCUUCCGUGUCGUGCUAUGUGUGGGUGACCGCAGCCAUGGGCAAUAAGCAGGCCCAUGAUCUCUCUCAUGAUGAGAAACAGAGGCUGAAGUUCGAGAAAGAUAAAGAAAAGGCUUUAGCUAAGUUAGAGAAAGAACGAGUGAAGCAAGAGAAAAAAGAGCAUAAGAAGAAAAAGAAAAAGGGGAUAAGAAGUGAUGCAACCGUAGCUGGUGAUGAAGCGUCUGAUGCCGUCAGUGAAGCAGGAUCACAAUGGUCCGAGCGGAGUGUGGGAUCCGCUCCUGGUUCGUGGUAUCACUCGGCUUCUGAACCAUCUUCUAAACGAUCGUCGGUGUACCUACACGCGUCUCCUGGUCCUGGGUACUACCAGCAUGACUGUUGGUACGCGGGGUACGAGGACACCAGUUCUGAAAAGUCCUCAUCCACAUCCAAGCCCGCGUCCCGAGCCUCCAGCGUCCGUGAUACUCCGAACCUUCGAGCCGCGUCACUGGAGCGCUACCCUCUCGGCAUCCCCACUGCCGAGCCUAUUGAGCCUAUGCAUAGAAAUGCUUCCCUUGAUUUCUCCGAGUCCAUAAAACGGACGAAGAAGCCCACAACGAAGGCCCAAACUGACGAAGCUGCAGCCAUCGUUGCCUCGAGAUACGAUGAGAACAUUCGCGCAUCGAAAGAGUACCUGGAAAAGAUGGGUUCCGGUCGUCAAAGUAAGACGAAUUUGCCUUUGUUCGUGGAACAAAUAAAUGUUAAUGACCAGGCAGCGUCUGACUCAUGGGAAGUGAAAGGCGCUAAGCGAAAAGCAGAUUCAGUUGAUCAGGAAUCGUUGCGGUCUUCAUACCACACGGCAGAUGACGGAUCGUCUUUGGGGGGCGAGUACAAGAGGCGGUCAGUUGAAGGCUCGUCUGUCGCUGGCUCCAUCUAUUACUCCGCUGACGAAGGAGGCUCGUACGGAGGCUCGAUUUACUAUAGUGCCACUUCCGGCUCUGAGGUGGAGGAGAGGGCUAGGGCCAUGGAUGAAGAUUUGGGUGCCGACCGGCCCAGCCCGCCUGGCAGGCCCGAGGCUGUUGAUCGGGACACGGGGGGCACGGGCAGGCUGGCCUACCUCAGGGCCGAGAACGACGCGCUGCUGCUGCGCUGGACCGAGCCUGCCGACGACGGAGGCUCUCUGGUCACGGGCUACAUCAUCGAGAAGUGCGAGGGCGAAGGCGACCAGUGGGUGCGGGUGAACCUCGUGCCUGUGCGUGAGACGGAAUACGCCGUCGCACACCUACAGGGCGGCCGCGACUACCGCUUCAGAGUGUGUGCGGAGAACGUGGCGGGCACGUCGGAUCCUUCGCCGCUGUCGGACGUCGUGACGGUCGCGCUGGACAGCGAGGCGUCCGAGCCUCACUUCCUGCGGGAGCUGCGCAACGUUACGGCCAUCUGUGGCAACAGGGUUGAGUUCACGGUAGCUGUCGUGGGUUCCCCGCGCCCCGACGUCACAUGGUACAAGGAUGGCUUCGAGAUCUACGAUACGAAGCGCUUUGAGUUCUACGAGAGCCCCGGCAACCAUUUCACUUUGGCUCUGAAGGAGGCGCGACUGGCGGAUGAAGGAGACAUCAGAGUCAGGGCUGCUAACAGGGCUGGGGCUUCCUCUUCCCAAGCCAUCCUCCGAGUACAAGCGCCCCCCGUCAUCAGCCUGCCCCCCCAGUACGAACAAGGCCUCAUCUUCGACACGGACGAGCUCAUCAGGCUGCGAGUGCCGUACGUGGGCAAGCCUCAGCCUACUGCCUCUUGGACGCACAACGGCAAUAAGAUCCCAAUGAACGACAAAUUCUCAAGCGAUGUCUCGGAGAAGUUCGCUACAUUGAAGCUGUCGAGCGGUUGCAGGGCGGACAAGGGACUGUACCAGCUUACCUUGGAGAACCCGCACGGCUCAGCCCAGGCCUCCUUCUUCAUCACCGUCACAGACCGGCCCGGGCCGCCAUCGCGCCCCCUGGUGGCUGAGUUGUCGGGCAACUCCGUCACUCUGCGGUGGGACCCUCCUGCUGACGAUGGUGGCUGUCGCGUCAGCGCAUACAUCCUUGAGUACUUCAGGGUUGGUUGGGAUGUGUGGCUGAAGGCUAUGACGUCCCGUAUCACGUGGGCACAACUCAACGACCUCAUCGUCGGCUCUGACUACAAGUUUCGCGUCAAGGCCGAGAACGCUUACGGCAUGUCAGACGCCAGCCCCGAGUCAGACGUCGUACAUGUCGAGGAGUCAAGAACUCCAGGCAGUUCGUCGUUCGAGUUUGACACGUACAAGUCCACAAGCGCUGCUGGCUCGUCGCUCCCUCAGGACCGAGCUACGGCCCUCCUUAAGGGUGAGAGUUCGACCUCUGGCGGCAGCUCAGAGACGGGUUCUUUCGAAAAAACUCGAAUGGCUGAACGAAAACGCAUGGCACUCGAGCCAGAUUCCGUCGAGGCUCAGGAGUACAGAAAAUCCUUCGAAGCCGAGUACAACCGAUCCUUCGAAGUAACUUCACACGAUUCCAUUGGAGACCUUGAUCCCCCGACCCUGAAGCUGCACCCUGCGUUGAACAGAGGCCAAGUUUCUUCCGAUGCUGACGGAAGUCAGUCAUCUUUUGACACCGAAUUACCGACCCUGCGAGAGCAGGAUAGGCCUUCCUUUGAUCUUCCCGAGGAAGAUUCCUUCCUGCUGGAGAAGCAGAAGUUCUACGAAGAAGAAGAGGAGGCACGUCAGGCUUCAUCCUCGGUCUUUCAGGCUGAGUUGUCUACGGAGUCGGACGUUCCGCCUCCCCCGAAAAGGGCACCAAGGCGGGGAGGAAGGUCCCCAGCCCUGCCGCCUUCUAAUACGGGUUCUCAGGAUAGUGAAGGGCAGCCUCAGCCUCUUCCAACCCCCCCGCCUCGCCUCAGAAGAUCUGGCUCUCGCGCCUCAACGAUUUCCGACAGUGAAGAUCAGCCUCAGCCUCUACCCACUCCCCCGCCUCGCCUCAGACGAUCUGGGUCUCGCGCAUCAACAAUAUCAGAAAAUUCACUUUAUGCCAUCGAGGAGACUGAAGGCUUAACACCCCUGGCGCCGCCUCGCCUGAAGCGCCCCUCCUCCCGCACCAGCAGCCGCUCCGAUAUCAACUUAGGUUUGUUGUGUGGAGAACAAAAUUCGGUUAUUAUUUGGUUAGUCAAGGGUUCAAUAACUAAGCGGGUCGUGUUGAGAACCUUAGCUUCUGCCAGUCGUAUUGGAAGCUUCAACCUAUGCGUGCAUUUCGAGAGCCUCGACCUAUACGAGUGCCUUGAGAACCUCAAUCAAUCCGGCGCAGGCACUGAGGCCGUAGCUGAGGAAGGCUCGUCAAUGGUCGCACCGCCGCGCAAGAGACGCCUCGGCGGCUCCACGUCUUCGCUCGACGCUGCCUGUGCCGCUGACGACGUCGCCCGCACGCAAUCGAACGCACCCUCGCCUCAACACGUCGGGGAUAUCGAGCAGCUGUUUGGUGGUCUGGCCCAUUAA